UGAACGAGUAUCAUUCCCACCUACUGUUGGAGGACCCAAUUCAUUUCCACAUUUGUGCUCGAGGAACUCCAACUCCCACAAGGCAUCAUGAUCCAGAACCUGAAGAAGCGUUUCAAACACAGGAAGCGCAGCGGCAGCUUAGUGGGCAGCGUGACCGGGUCGAUCAGUGACGUCGAGGACCGCGUGGUCAUGCUGUGCGAGGACGUCCCCUCGGAGGGCUCCUCCUGGGAUUCAGGCAGGGGCUCCCAGAGUCCGGGGACCCUUUCCAGCAGCGAGUCCCACUCAGGGGACCAGGAGCUGGGCCAGGGCUGGAGCUCUCACAGCUUCCAGGGAGGGGGGCGCCAGGCUCCGUGCCCCAGCAGGCCAGCCAGGCAGCUGUCCCUCCGGGAGGGGCGCUACCAGGAGGCUGCGUCCCCCGCCAGCCCUGGAGACCACUACGCUGUCCGUUCCACCCUCCACGUCAAACAGCUGCCCAGACUGGUCGACAUGAGCAAGGUGUACCGUCAAACCAACGUGGAGAACCUGGAGCAGGCCUUCAACGUGGCCGAGAAGGACCUGGGGGUGACCCGGCUCCUCGACCCAGAAGAUGUGGAUGUCGCUCACCCCGAUGAGAAGUCCAUCAUCACCUACGUGUCAUCGCUGUAUGACGCCAUGCCACGCGUGCCCGACGUCCAAGGAGGAGUGGUGGCCAAUGAGCUGGAGCUGCGCUGGCAGGAGUACUAUGAGCUGGUGACCCUGCUGCUCCAGUGGAUCAGACACCAUGUCAUCAUCUUCGAGGAGAGGAGGUUCCCCGGCAGCUACGAGGAGAUAGAGAUCCUGUGGCGUCAGUUUUUGAAGUUCAAAGAGACAGAGCUCCCUGCCAAGGAAACCGACAAACACCGCUCCAAGCUCAUCUACCAGUCCUUUGAGAGUGCCGUGCACAGUGGCCAGGUGAAGGUCCCCCCAGGCUACGACCCCAUCGACGUGGAGAAGGAAUGGGGCCGUCUGCACGUAGCCAUCCUGGAGAGAGAGCGCCUGCUCAGGAUCGAGUUUGAGAGGUUGGAACGUCUCCAGAGGAUCGUCACCAAAGUCCAGAUGGAGUCUGGCAACUGUGAGGAGCAGCUCAACCGGCUGGAGACCCUGCUGCAGACGGAUAUCCGUCUUCUGAACUCGGGCAAGCCGGCCAAGCACACGGCCGAGGUGGAGCGGGACCUGGACAAUGCCGACGACAUGAUCCGCCUGCUCUUCAACGACGUGCAGCUGCUGAAGGAUGGGCGCCACCAGCAGGCGGAGCAGAUGUACCGCAGGGUGUACCGCCUCCACGAGCGCCUGGUGAACCUGCGCAGCGACUACAACCUGCGUCUGAAGGCUGCUGUGUCGGCCGCCCAGGUCCAGCAAACCCAGCAAACCCAGUCCUCUACGAAGAUGCGCCCAGAGCUGGACGAUGUCACCCUGCGCUACGCCCAGGACCUGCUGGCCUGGGUGGAGGAGAACCAGCGACGCAUCGAGGAGGGCGAGUGGGGCACCGACCUGCCCGCCGUCGAGUCCCAGCUGGGCAGCCAUCGCGGCCUGCACCAGACUGUGGAGGACUUCCGCACCAAGAUCGAACGGGCCAAGGCUGAUGAGAACCAGCUGUCUCCGGUCAGUAAAGGCAAGUACAGGGAAUACCUGGGCAAACUGGACCUGCAGUAUGCCAAGCUACUGAACUCCUCCAAGUACCGUCUGCGGAACCUGGACUCCCUCCACGUUUUCGUCACGGCGGCGACCAAGGAGCUGAUGUGGCUGAACGACAAGGAGGAGGAGGAGGUCAACUACGACUGGAGCGACCUCAACACCAACAUGACCGCCAAGAAAGAAAGCUACUCGGGACUGAUGCGAGAGCUGGAGAUGAGGGAGAGAAAGGUCAACGACAUCCAGGCCUCCGGAGAGAGGCUCCUGAAGGAGGGACACCCCGGCAGUAAGACGGUGGAGGCCUUCACCGCAGCCCUGCAGACCCAGUGGAGCUGGAUCCUGCAGCUGUGUUGCUGCAUCGAGGCUCACCUCAAAGAAAACACCGCCUACUAUCAGUUCUUUGCGGACGCUAAAGAGACUCAGGAGAGGAUGAGGAAGAUGCAGGAGACCAUGAAAAAGAAGUACAGCUGCGACCGCUCAACCACCACCACCCGCCUGGAGGACCUGCUGCAGGAUGCACAGGAGGAGAAGGAGCAGCUGAACGAGCUGAAGACCCAGGUUGCGGGCCUGAACAAGAGAGCCAAGUCCAUCAUCCAGCUGAAGCCUCGUAACCCCACCACCCCCAUCAGGGGUAAGCUGCCCAUCCAGGCAGUCUGCGACUUCAAACAGAUGGAGAUCACAGUCCACAAGAGUGAGGAGUGCGCUCUGCUCAACAACUCCCAGCCCUUCAAGUGGAAGGUUCUGAACCGCUCCGGUAACGAGGCCCUGGUCCCCUCAGUCUGCUUCCUGGUUCCUCCUGUCAACAAGGAGGCAGUCGACAGCGUGUCCAAUCUGGACGGAAGCUACCAGCAGAUGUUGGUGUUCUGGCAGACGCUUCACGUGGACAUGAAGAGCCUGCUCUCUUGGCAGUAUCUGAUGAGGGACAUCCAGCAGAUACGCUCUUGGAACAUCACCAUGUUCAGGACCAUGAAGGUGGAAGAGUACCGGCUGGUGAUGAGGAACCUGGAGCUGCACUACCAGGACUUCCUGAGGGACAGCCAGGACUCAGAGCAGUUUGCCCCUGCAGACCGCAUGCAGGUGGAGGGGGACUUCACCAAGACCACCCAGCACUUUGACAACCUGCUCCGCUCCCUGGAGAAAGGUGAGCAGGACGAGUCUGUGUGUAAGACCUACAUCUCCCACAUCAAAGACCUCCGUCUGCGUCUGGAAGACUGUGAGAGCCGCACCGUUGCCAGGAUACGCCAGCCCAUCGACAAGGACCCACUCAAAGACUGCGGCCAGAAAACCAAAGAUCAGAAGAAAGAUCAAGCCGAGCUGGUGGGCAUCCGGAAGGACCUGGGCCAGGUGGCUGAAAAGGCAGAGCAGGUCCUGGCCUCCUCCUCCCCCCAGUCCACCUCUGCUCCUGUCCUGCGCUCCGAGCUGGACAUCACCCUGCAGAAGAUGGACCAGGUCUACAUCCUGUCCUCCGUCUAUCUGGAGAAGCUGAAGACAGUGGAGGUGGUCAUCCGUAACACGCAGGGGGCGGAGGGUGUCCUGAAGAAGUACGAGCAGCAGCUGAGAGACGUCCACCAGGUGCCCAAUGACGUCAAGGAGGUGGAGGCUUAUCGCACCCAGCUCAAGAAAAUGCGUUCGGAAGCAGAAAGCGAGCAGCCCGCAUUUGACACCCUGGAGGAGGAGCUUAAGAAGGCGUCUGCAGUGAGCGACAAGAUGUCCCGCGUCCACAGCGAGCGUGACGCAGAGCUGGACCACUACCGCCAUCUCCUCUCGGGUCUCCAGGACCGCUGGAAAGCCGUGUUCGCCCAGAUGGACCUGCGCCAGCGGGAGCUGGAACAGCUGGGCCGCCAGCUGGGCUACUACCGCGAGAGCUACGAUUGGUUGAUCCGCUGGAUCGCCGACGCCAAGCAGCGCCAGGAGAACAUCCAGGCCGUGACCAUCAGCGACAGCAAGACCCUGAAGGAGCAGCUCGCCCAGGAGAAGAAACUUCUGGAAGAGAUUGAGAAGAACAAAGACAAGGUUGAUGAGUGUCAGAAAUAUGCCAAGGCAUACAUUGACACCAUCAAGGAUUAUGAGCUUCAGUUGGUGGCCUACAAAGCUCAGAUGGAGCCUCUUGCCUCCCCUCUGAAGAAAAGCAAGAUGGAUUCCGCCUCCGAUAACAUCAUCCAAGAGUAUGUUACCCUGAGGACUCGCUACAGCGAGCUGAUGACUCUCACCAGCCAGUACAUCAAGUUCAUCACGGACACACAGCGCCGCCUGGAGGACGAGGAGAAAGCUGCAGAGAAGCAGAAAGCGGAAGAGAGGAAAAAAAUGGCCGAGAUGCAGGCCGAGUUAGACAAACAGAAGCAGUUAGCUGCGGCUCACGCUAAGGCCAUAGCCAAGGCGGAGCAGGAAGCUCAGGAGCUGAAACUCAUGAUGCAGGAGGAGGUCAGCAGGAGGGAAUGUGUCGCCGUCGACGCAGCCAAGCAAAAGCACAACAUCCAGCUGGAACUGCACGAACUCAAGAACCUCUCGGAGCAGCAGAUGAAAAACAAGAGCCAGCAGGUGGAAGAGGCCCUCCAUAGCCGCUCCAAGAUUGAGGAGGAGAUCCGCGUCAUCCGCAUCCAGCUGGAGACCACCGUCAGACAGAAGUCCACCGCGGAGAUGGAGGUCACGCAGCUGCGCGACAAGGCGGCCGAGGCCGAGAGGCUGAGAAAAACCGCCCAAGAAGAGGCAGAGAAACUCCGCAAACAGGUGAACGAGGAGACUCAGAAGAAGCGCAAAGCCGAGGACGAACUCAAAAUCAAGGCCGAAGCUGAGAGGGAAGCCGCCAAGCAGAAACAGAAGGCCUUGGAGGACCUCGAGAACCUCAAACAGCAAGCCGAGGAGGCCGAGAGGCACAUGAAACAGGCCGAGCUCGAGAAACACAGGCAGAUCAAAGUGGUCCAGGAAAUAGCUCAGAAGAGUGCCGCUGCCGAACUCCAGAGCAAACGCAUGUCCUACGUGGAGAAGACAUCCAAACUGGAGGAGUCCCUCAAGCAGGAGCACGGCACCGUCCUCCAGCUCCAGGAAGAAGCUGCCCGCCUGAAGAAGCAGCAGGAGGAAGCCGAUAGCGCCAGGGCGGAGGCCGAGAAAGAGCUGGAGAAAUGGCGGCAGAAGGCCAACGAGGCCCUCCGCCUGAGGCUCCAGGCGGAGGAGGAGGCCCACAAGAAGAGCGUCGCCCAGGAGGAGGCGGAGAAGCAGAAGGAGGAGGCCGAGCGCGAGGCCAAGAAGAGAGGCAAGGCCGAAGAGUCGGCCCUGAAGCAGAAAGAGAUGGCCGAGCAGGAGUUGGAGAGGCAGAGGAAGCUCGCGGAGGGCACAGCCCAGCAGAAGCUCUCCGCCGAACAAGAGCUCAUACGUCUCAGGGCCGACUUUGACCACGCCGAGCAACAGAGAACCCUCCUCGACGACGAGCUUUACCGCCUUAAAAACGAAGUGACCGCGGCGGAACAGCAACGGAAGCAGAUGGAAGACGAACUGGUCACGGUGAGGAGUGAGAUGAACAUCCUCCUUGAGCUCAAGUCUAAGGCGGAAAAAGACAGCAUGUCCACCACCGAGAAGAGCAAACAGCUCCUUGAGGCCGAGGCGGCUAAAAUGAGGAACCUGGCCGAAGAGGCAGGCAAGCUCAGAUCCAUCGCCGAGGAGGCCAAGAGACAGAGGCAGGUGGCUGAGGAAGAGGCGACACAUCAGAGGGCUGAAGCCGAGAGGAUCCUCAAAGAGAAACUUGCCGCCAUCAAUGAGGCCACGCGUCUGAAAACGGAGGCGGAAAUCGCCCUCAAGGAAAAGGAGGCGGAGAACGAACGACUCCGACGCAAAGCCGAGGACGAGGCCUACCAACGGAAGUCCCUCGAAGACCAAGCCAGCCAGCACAAACAAGAUAUCGACGAGAAGAUCAUGAAGCUCAAGCAGUCGUCCGAGACCGAGAUGGAGAGGCAGAAGGCCAUCGUCGACGAAACCCUCAAGCAGAGGCGUGUCGUUGAGGAAGAAAUCCGCAUUCUGAAGCUCAACUUUGAGAAGGCGUCGUCCGGUAAGCUCGACUUGGAGCUGGAAUUGAAUAAGCUGAAGAACAUCGCGGACGAAACGCAACAGAGUAAGCUCCGUGCCGAAGACGAGGCUGAGAAAAUGAGGAAACAUGCUCUGGAAGAAGAGAAACGCAGAAGAGAAGCGGAGGACAAACUGAAGAAGAUGACCGCCGCGGAGCAAGAGGCUGCCAGACAGCGCAAAACAGCACAGGACGAAGUGGAGCGCCUCAUAAAGAAAGCAGAAGAAGCCAAAAAGCAAAAAGAGGAGGCUGACCGAGAAGCGGAAAGACAUAUCGUCGCAGCCAAUCAGGCGGCCCAAAAAUGCAGCGCAGCCGAGCAGCAAGCUCAGAGCGUUCUCGUCCAACAGAAGGAGGACAGUCUCACACAGCAGAAGCUGAAGGCCGAGUAUGAAAAGGCGAAGAAGCUCGCCAAAGAAGCCGAGCUCGCCAAGGAGAAGGCAGAGCGGGAAGCAGCUCUUCUACGCCAGCAAGCUGAGGAAGCAGAGCGCCAGAAACAGGCCGCGGUAAAGGAGGCAGCCAAUCAGGCCAAAGCUCAGGAGGACGCCGAGAGGUUAAGAAAGGAGGCGGAGUUCGAGGCUGCCAAGAGAGCACAGGCGGAGCAAGUUGCCCUGAAACAGAAAGACCAGGCUGAUUCCGAGAUGGCGAAACACAAAAAGCUGGCCGAGCAAACCUUAAAGCAAAAGUCCCAGGUGGAAAAGGAGCUUACAACGGUCCGACUUCAGUUGGACCAAACUGACAAGCAGAAAUCUCUUCUGGACGAAGAGCUGCAGCGCCUGAAGGACGAGGUGGGCGACGCCGUCAAGCAGAAGGCUCAGGUGGAGGAGGAGCUGUUCAAAGUCAAGAUUCAGAUGGAGGAGCUGAUGAAACUGAAGCUCCGCAUCGAGGGCGAGAACCAGCGUCUCAUCAAAAGAGACAAAGACAACUCUCAGAAAUUGCUGGCCAAGGAGGCUGAGAACAUGAAGAAGCUGGCGGAGGAAGCUGCCAGGCUGAGCGUGGAGGCCCAGGAAGCGGCGCGCAUGAGGCAGAUCGCCGAGUCUGACCUCUCCCAGCAGAGAGCCCUGGCAGAGAAAAUGCUCAAGGAGAAAAUGCAAGCCAUCCAGGAGGCAUCUAAACUGAGAGCCGAGGCUGAGAUGCUCCAAAGACAGAAAGAUUUGGCUCAGGAGCAGGCCCAGAAACUGCUCGAGGAUAAACAGCUCAUGCAGCAACGUCUAGAGGAAGAGACGGAGGGCUUCCAGAAAUCCCUUGAAGCGGAACGCAGGAGACAACUCGAGAUCACAGCCGAGGCAGAGAAACUCAAACUCCAGGUGUCCCAGCUCAGCGAUGCCCAAAACAGGGCUGAAAACGAGGCUAAGAAAUUCAAGAAGCAAGCGGAUCAGAUCAGUGCCCGUCUUCACGAGACAGAACUAGCCACCAAAGAGAAAAUGACUACUGUGGAGAAACUUGAAGUGCAGAGGCUGAGCAGCAACAAAGAGGCUGAUGACUUGCGCAAAGCCAUUGCUGAUCUAGAAAAGGAGAAGGCUAGACUGAAAAAGGAUGCUGAAGACCUUCAGCUUAAAUCUAAAGAGACUGCCGUUGCUCAGCAGAAACAAAUCCAACAAGAGAAGACAAUGCUCCAGCAGUCCUUCAUCAAUGAGAAGGAGAUGCUGCUGAAGAAGGAGAAGCUCAUUGAAGACGAGAAGAAAAAACUGGAGAGCCAGUUUGAGGAGGAGGUCAAGAAGGCCCAGGCUCUGAAGGACGAGCAGGCGCGUCAGAGAAAGCAGAUGGAGGAGGAGAGGAAGAAGCUGCAGGCCACCAUGGACGCCGCCCUCAACAAGCAGAAAGAGGCGGAGAAGGAGAUGCUCAACAAGCAGAAGGAAAUGCAGGAGUUGGAGAGGAAAAGACUUGAGCAGGAAAAACUGCUCGCAGAGGAGAACAAGAAUCUGCGUGAGAAAUUGCAGCAGAUGGAGGUUGCUCAGAAGGAGCCAACAUCCCACACCAGGGAGAUCGACAUCCAGACUGAUAAAGUCCCUGAGAAUGAAUUGGUCCACAUGACCAUGGUGGAGACAUCACAGACAGUUCCCAACGGACGGAGCGGUCUUGAUGAUGUGGAUGGUGAUAACCAGAAGAAAGACUCUCCGUUCUCCUUUGAUGGCAUUCGUGAGAAGGUCCCUGCGAGCAGACUUCAAGAAAUUUGCCUGCUGACCAAAAAGGAAAUGGACAAGCUGAAGAAAGGGAAAGCCAAUGUGCAAGAUCUCAGUCAGACCGAAAAACUAAGAACAGUUCUCAAAGGAAAAAACUGUGUUGGUGGUCUGUUGGUACAACCUCAGCAGAAGAUGUCAAUCUACCAAGCAAUGAUGGAGAAGAAGCUAGCCCCUGGAACAGGCCUGAUCCUCCUGGAAGGACAGGCAGCCUCUGGGUAUAUAAUCGACCCCAUCAAAAACCAGAAGCUCACUGUGAGCGAGGCUGUUAAGGAAGGCUUGAUUGGACCUGAACUGCACAACCAACUGCUGUCUGCUGAGAGGGCUGUGACUGGCUACAAAGACCCAUACACGGGCGGCUCAAUCUCCCUGUUUGAGGCCAUGAAGAAGGGAUUGAUUGAUCGUGAGCAUGCCAUCAGACUUCUCGAUGCCCAGAUUGCAACCGGUGGAAUCGUUGACCCAAUCAACAGCCAUCGCGUCCCCCUUGAAACAGCCUACAAACAGGGGCUGUUUGAUGCGGAGAUGAACAAGGUACUGGCAAAGCCCUCAGAAGACACACAAGGAUACUUUGACCCCAGUACUAAGGAACCCCUGACUUACCUUCAGUUGAUUGAGAAAUGCACGACAGACCCUGCCACUGGCCAGCUGUUUUUACCUAUCACCGACAAGGCGGCUCAGAGCUCUCAAACCUACACGGAGGAGGAGACAAAGGACGUAUUCAGCAAAACAACUGUUUCUGUGCCGUUUGGAAGAUUCAAAGGAAAGACAAUAACCAUCUGGGAGAUCAUUAAUUCUGAGUACUUCAAUGAGGACCAGAGAAGGGACCUUAUACGCCAGUACAAGACCGGCAAAAUCACCAUAGAGAAGAUCAUCAGAAUCGUUAUCACUGUGGCAGAGGACAAAGAGAAGAAGAACGAAAUCACAUUUGAUGGCCUGAGAUCCCCUGUCCCCGCAACUGAACUGCUGGAGUCCAAGAUCAUUGACAAAGACCUCUACAAUAAGUUGCAUAAGGGCAAUAAAACAGUCCAAGAAGUUUCUGAAAUGGAACCGGUUCAGAAAGCGUUGAAGGGUACAAACUGCAUUUCAGGUGUAGUAAUUGACUCUACCAAAGAGACAAUGUCCUUCUAUCAAGCUCUGAAGAAGAACAUGAUGAGGCCAGGCCCUGCUUUAAAUCUGCUGGAGGCCCAAGCCGGAUCAGGAUUUGUUAUCGAUCCAGUAAAGAACCAGAAGCUGACCGUUGAUGAGGCUGUCAAAGCAGGAGUGAUCGGCCCUGAGCUGCAUGAAAAACUGCUUUCAGCUGAGAGAGCUGUAACGGGAUACAAGGACCCAUACACUGGAAAAACGGUAUCUCUGUUUGAGGCCAUGACGAAAGAACUCAUUCCCAAAGACCAAGGAAUCCGUCUGCUUGAUGCUCAGCUUGCCACAGGGGGCAUCAUUGACCCAGUUAAUAGCCACCGUGUCCCCCACGAUGUUGCCUGCAAACGAGGCUACUUUGACGACGAGAUGAACAAGACCCUAUGUAACCCCACUGACGCCACCAAAUGCUUCUAUGACCCCAACACACAGGAAAACGUCACAUACACCCAGCUUCUCAAGAGAUGUGUCACUGACAAGAAGACCGGGCUUCAGCUUCUGGGCUUGUCCGAGCAAGCCAUCAAUGCGAAGGAGGAACAAAAAUACUCUGAGACUCAGACCAAAGAUGCUAUGAUGCAGGCUACAAUGGAGCUCCAGUCUGGGCCUCUUAAAGGCAAGAAGCUAACCAUCUGGGAAAUAAUCAACUCAGAGUACCUGAAUGAGGAGCAGAGACUUGAACUGAUCAGACAGUACAGGUCUGGCAAGGUGACUAUCGAGAAAAUAAUCAGGAUUGUUGUCACAAUUGUAGAUGAGAAAGAGGCCAAGAAACAAGAACAGGCCAGUUUCAAGGGUCUGAGAUCCCCAGUUCCAGCGAGUUCACUGUUUGAAUCCAAAAUCAUCGACAAAGCUACGUUUGACCUGCUGCAGCAGGGUAAGAAGACACCAAAACAGGUCAGCGAGAAUGCCAAUGUAAAUAAAUACCUGCAGGGCUCCGACAGCAUUGGUGGCAUCUACCUUGAACCAACUAAGGAGAAGGUCAGCAUCUAUCAAGCCAUGAAGAAAAAACUUCUAAGACAUAACACAGGCCUUGCCCUUCUGGAAGCCCAGGCUGCCACUGGCUUCAUCAUUGAUCCAGUUAAGAACCAGUACCUGACAGUAGAUGAGGCUGUCAAAGCAGGCAUCGUUGGCCCGGAGCUCCAUGAAAAGCUGCUCUCCGCUGAAAAGGCCAUCACUGGCUACAAAGAUCCAUUCACAGGCAGCAAGAUCUCUCUCUUCCAAGCCAUGCAGAAAGAUUUGAUCAUCAAGGCACAUGCCAUGCCCCUGCUGGAGGCUCAGCUGGCCUCAGGUGGAAUCAUUGAUGCUGUAAAAAGCCACCGUGUACCUCUAGAUGUGGCCUACCAGAGGGAUCUCUUCAGCAAAGAAAUAUCCAACACCCUUUCUGAGCCCUCAGAGGCGAACAAAUAUUUCUCAGACCCAAACACAGAUGAGACCGUCACGUACCAACAGCUGAAAGCCAAGUGCCCUAAAGAUCCAGAGACAGGCAUGAACCUCCUCCCUCUCUCUAAGCCUCAGGCCCCUACGGUGGUGGAGAAGACCUACCUCUACACCGAAGAACAGACUCAGAGUGACCUGGCAAACACCCAGAUAGACAUUCCCCUCGAGGGGCUCACUGGACAGUCCAUGAACCUCUGGGAUGUGAUGAACUCCAACCUGCUCCCAGAGGAUGAGAGAAAGAAGCUCAUGGAUGAGUACCGCUCUGGUGCGCUUACCAAAGAGCGCAUGAUCAUCAUCAUCAUCGAGAUCAUGGAGCAGAGAGAGAUCUAUAUUAAUGUUGAGGAGAAGACGUCCUGCAAGACAAUCCGACGCAGGAUCACCAUUGAGGAGCUCUACCAUGCCCGCAUCAUUGACCUCGAGAUGUUCAACCUGCUGAAACAGGAGAAGAGAACCAUCCGCGACAUCAUGGAGUUACAGAGCGUGAAGCAGUACCUGUUUGGUACGGGCUCCGUGGCUGGGGUUAUGACUGAUUCCAGCUCCAAGAUCAGCAUUUACCAGGCGAUGAAGAGAGGGUUCUUGAAACCUGAGGUUGCACUUGGCCUCCUGGAAGCACAGGCCGCCACAGGGUUCAUUGUUGACCCUGUGAGAAAUGAGACACUUACUGUGGACGAGGCCGUCCGUAAGGGAGUUGUGGGCCCAGAAAUACACGAUAAACUUUUGUCAGCUGAGCGAGCCGUUACAGGCUUCAAAGACCCAUACAGCAGCAAAAUCGUCUCUCUCUACCAAGCCAUGAAAAAAGAGCUCAUCCCCGAGGACUACGCUCUGAAACUACUAGAAGCUCAGAGCUCAACAGGCGGCAUCAUGGAUCCUGAAUUCUAUUUCCAUCUCCCUACAGAUGUGGCCAUGCAGAGAGGAUACAUCAACAAGGAAACCAAUGAGAGACUGGCCAAUGAGGUGAAAGGGUUUAUUGACCCUGUCACGGACGAGAAGCUAUCUUACGCUGAGCUGCUCAAGAGAUGCAAGUUGGAAGGAGGCUUACGUCUGUUGGCACUGGGAGACAAGAGGCUGAUGUUCAAGGGUCUGAGGAAACAGAUCACCAUGGAGGAACUGUUACGCUCAGAGAUCAUAGACCAACAGACUGUCACUGAGCUGAACGAAGGUCUGAUUACGGUGGAGGAGGUCAGCAAAAGGCUCCAGAAGUACCUUGAGGGGACUAGUUGCAUUGCUGGGGUUUUCGUAGAAGCCUCCAAGGACCGCCUGUCAAUCUACCAGGCCAUGAAGAAGAACAUGAUCAGGCCAGGCACCGCUUUUGAGCUCCUUGAGGCCCAAGCUGCGACAGGCUACGUUAUUGACCCAAUCAAAAACCUGAAACUCACAGUCAGUGAAUCUGUCCGAAUGGGAAUUGUGGGACCAGAAUUCAAAGACAAGCUGUUGUCUGCCGAGCGUGCCGUGACUGGCUACCGAGAUCCCUACUCUGGUAAAACAAUCUCCCUGUUCCAGGCCAUGAAAAAGGGACUCAUCCUAAAGGAUCAUGGGAUACGCCUCCUGGAGGCCCAGAUUGCAACAGGAGGAAUCAUCGACCCCGAGGAGAGUCAUCGCCUGCCCGUCGAGGUGGCAUACAACCGUGGCCUCUUUGAUGAAGAGAUGAACGAGAUUCUCACAGAUCCAUCUGAUGACACGAAGGGCUUCUUUGAUCCCAACACCGAGGAGAACCUCACUUACCUCCAACUGAUGGAGAGGUGCAUCAUCGACCCCGACACCGGCCUCGUCCUCCUGCUCCUCAAGGAGAAGAAACGUGAAAAGAAGUCCUCCUCCAAAUCUUCGGUCCGCAAGCGCAGAGUGGUAAUCGUAGACCCAGAAUCCGGCAAGGAGAUGACUGUGUAUGAGGCUUACAGGAAGGGACUCAUCGACCAUCAGACCUACCUAGAGCUGGCUGAGCAGGAGUGUGAAUGGGAAGAGAUCACAAGCACCUCCUCCGAGGGAGUCGUCAAGUCCAUGAUCAUCGACAGGAGGUCAGGACGUCAAUACGACAUUGAUGACGCUCUCUCAAGAGGCCUCAUUGAUCAGAGUUCCCUGGACACCUACCGCUCUGGGAACCUAUCCAUCACUGAAUUUGCUGACAUGCUGUCUGGAAACAUGGGAGGCUUCCGCUCCAGAACCUCCUCCUUCGGAUCCACUUCCUCUUCAUCCUUUGCUAUGAGCCCCAUACCCUCUAUUAAACCUCCAGCUUCCAUAUGGAAUGACCCCUCUGAGGAGACGGGCCCUGUGGCUGGAAUCCUGGACACAGACACACUGGAGAAAGUGUCCAUCACCGAGGCGAUGCACAGGAACUUAGUAGACAACAUUACUGGCCAGAGACUGCUUGAGGCUCAGGCCUGCACAGGUGGCAUUAUCGACCCCGUCACAGGAGAGAAGUUUUCUGUCCCUGACGCCACAGAGAGAGGACUUGUUGAUAAAAUCAUGGUCGACCGUAUUAACCUGGCUCAGAAAGCCUUCAAUGGUUUUGAAGACCCCAGAACCAAAGUCAAGAUGUCUGCCUCUCAGGCCUUAAAGAAAGGUUGGCUGUAUUAUGAAGCUGGACAGCGUUUCCUGGAGGUCCAGUACCUAACAGGUGGGCUGAUUGAGCCUGAUGUUGAGGGCAGAGUUCCCCUAGAUGAAGCCAUCAAGAAGGGCUCCAUCGAUGCUCGUACAGCCCAGAAGCUAAGAGACGUGAGCGCUUACUCCAAGUACCUGACAUGUCCCAAAACCAAGCUAAAGAUCUCCUACAAAGACGCCAUGGACAGAAGCAUGGUCGAGGAAGGAACUAGCCUCCGACUCCUAGAGGCCUCCUCCCAGUCCAGUAAAGGCCUGUACAGCCCCUACAACGCCAGCGGCCCAGGCUCGACCUCAGGCUCUCGGUCCGGUUCCAGGACUGGGUCCAGGCAAGGCUCCAGGAGGAGCAGCUUUGAUGCCGGCAGCUCCGGCUUCAGCAUGAACUUCUCCUCCUCCUCCUACACCUCCUCCAGCUACGGUCGCAAGUACGACACAGGGCCUCACAGCGGCCUCAACGUGGAUGAGCUUGCCCUGGCGCUCUCUGCCCUAGUCAUGACCAGGCCUUGCAGCUCCCAAGAACAGGGAGCCUUCGCCUCCAUGAUUAUGCCAAUGCACACAGCAGUUGCAUAAUUCAUAGGAAAAACACCUUCAAAAAUCAGAAAGAAACGCUCAUUUAUUUAUUCUGCCCUGCAUGUGGUCACAUAAGUAAAUUAACUAAAUGCAGUUGCUCAUAUAUUAUAGAUGUCCAAGCCUAUGCAUUACUCCCCUGCCUUAAGACAAUUACAAGACAACUCAGAUGUAAUUGUAUUGACUGUAAAAACAAUUUAUAUUUUAAAUGCAAAGCAGAGAUUUUCAAAUGACCACAACUUAGUUUAUAGUUUGCCUUUUUGAUUUGUUAACACAACUUGUCAACUUAUGCUUUUUUGAAGCUAAUACUUACUGUAUGUACUUCGAACAGAGAUAUUUUUCCUAUUUUUCUUUCCUUUCGAACUUAAGAAUGUUUGAGCUCUUUUUUUGUUAUCUCUUUGCUGAUACAUAUUGAUAUAAUCCUGAUUUUUUUAGAAGAUACAAAAAUGUAUCUAGAUGUCUUCUUCUUUCUGAACGUCUGUAUAGAGUUCACCAGUAUAUUUUUUAGGUUGAAGAUUUAACAGUGUAACAGUUCCAUCAAGUGACAGAGCAGAUAAACACUACAAACACUGGAAGAUGAAAGCAACAAUUAUGUUCUGCAGACUGUUCCAAAUAUAUCAUCCUAACCGACUUCAAUAGACUUACCCCAAAGUCAUCAUUUCAUCAUUGUAUCCCCCAAUCCCAAACAAUGUGUUUUCCACCCACCACCUCCCCUCCUCCAUCACCUGUUCCUGGUAAAGUGUCCUCAGAAGAAAUCAGGCUUCAUCCCACUUCCCCUGGUUUUGGCUCCUAUGACGUCACCAUCUGGCAGCCAUCUACAGGGAUCGACUCCCCAGAUAAGCAUGGCCAAGGAGCCUGUCAGUGUGGAUAACUUCCUAGUUCCACCAUCUCUUCCACACAUGCAGAGCUCCCAUGAAUGCGUCUUCUCCUUUCUUCAUUGCACAUCCUAUUUGAAGAGAGUUGGGGUUGUCACCCUGGAUUCUUCUUGAGACUCCAUAUUAGGAACACAUCCAUCCGCAUUGUUUAGGACCCGUACUUGAAUGUUAGUCAUAUUUGCCCUUUUUUUGUUGUUGGUUAACACCACUUAGAUGUACACUUUAUCCUUCUGUGCAUGUAGAGUUUCAUCUGGUUACCUGUUUGAAGAUGAAUCUUAGAGAUGAUACUGAACGUCUCUUUUCAGGCCACAUAGUACUGUUAUGCCAGCUAACUUCACUCUUAACCAAAAAAGCAACCGGUUAAAACGCCAUUGGUAUUCCUCUAGGGGAAUAAGAUCUAAUAAUUGUUCGACUACACUACCGGAAUGAAUGUGUUUUAAAGGAUACAUGCAUUUAAUUUGCAGAAAAUAAGUAUCUGUAAGUUCUAUUUUGCUUUUUAACCAGUGUUUGGGUUCAUUUCCCAAUAUGUUUUGCUCUGUUCUGCAUCUUAAAAGUGUUUUACUUCUGUAAAUCCUCAUGUUAAAAUAUAAUUUUUUCAUCAUAUUUUUGAUAUGUUAUUCUUUUUUGUUGCUUUUUUGCUUUGCAUGUUUUACUAACUAGGUUUUGACCAUUUUGGAGAAAAACAAACAUGUAUGAUGAAGAGAAUAAAACAUAUCUGCUCAGCAAAACAUGUUUUGUUUAAAUGCUUAUUGAUGAACAAGAUGUUUAAUCAAAACGAAUUGGUUGGUUUUGCUUGUGAACAGAUAUGUGGUUUGAGUGAUAUGGUGAGUGGAUUUUGGUGUAUGUUUUGAAGAUAACACUAUUAUGUAAAUAAAUGCGCUAUGAAGA